AUGUCGCAAGCUAAGUCCCUGAAGCAGCUCAAGGAUGACGUGGCAAAAGGGUCCAAGGUGCCAGCAUGGCAGCAACGAUUGAUGUUUGAAGAUAAGGUUCUGGACGAAAACUUGCUCUCCCAGCUUCUUCUGGAGUCAAGAAUGCCGGAUGGAAAGGGGCACCUGCAGCUAGUGAAGAUUCCGCCGAUUGCAGGGACCCAUUUGGGUUCUGCAGCUUGCUUGUGCACUCCUGCAGCUAACGAAGUCUGCUGGGGUUACAAUGCUGCCGUCAAGACCACUUGCCCGCAAUGUGACCACGCGAUCGCAUCUAAGCACAUUUCAUCCACAGACGGAUGCCGCCGCAACGGCGAUGCGUACGGCUUUGUGAGGUUGACGUGCGAAAGCUGUGGUCUCACGCAGAAGCAUGGUUGGGAUGAGAAAGACUAG